AUGUAUUUUGCGUGGUUUCUUUAUAUUGCUUUGAUUUUGGGACUCUACUUUUUAUCCAGAAUAAUAGUGAAAUACUACAUAGACCCAGCUGAGUCUUAUAACUUCGCAAUUAACUCCAUUUGUUUGAGCUUCACUGUAUCCAUGAUUUGCAUCUUAAUGGUGCCAAUCGAUGUAUUUGUGACUUCUCAUCCCAACGAUGUCAUCUCCACACUUCAUCAACCAAUCAAUAAGUAUUUUAUAAGGGAGGUCUUUAUCUACCUUUACAUUGGAUUACUAUUUAUCACCUUUGUUAUCCUACCAUUUAAUUAUUUUUAUUCCGAAGAGAGAGCAUUGAGUUAUGAUAACGACUUUGACUUAGAUUUAAGUGAAAAACGUCUAUCUUCCAAAAUAAUUAGAUCAGCCAAAUAAACUGUAUACUUUAUCGGGUUUAUUUGUGUCUUGUUAAUUUCAGGACUGGUUUUUAAUCCCGAAGUCAAUUACAGUACUUCUGAAAAAUUAGAAUGGGUUAAGACCAUGUUUGAUGUUGAUCAUCUAGGCGAAUAGGCAAUCUCAUUUUGCAUCUCAAUCAUAUUGACAUUUGGUUUUUGCUUAUGGGUUAUUUAUGGUUCCUAUGGAUUAACUGCUUUGCCAUUCCAAUUGAUUAAAGGAGCCAGGUCUUUGGAAGAAGAAAAGUCAUAGGUCGAUAAUGAUUUAGCCAAAUUAAGAGAAAAAUAUAGGGCGAUUCAAGAGAAAUAUUAGAAGAGUUCCUCUAAAAUUUCGAAAGGAGAUCAGAGGGCCUUAACUAAUUUAAAAAGAAAGGAGAGGUUUUUGAACCUAAAAAACGAAAAAAUUAUAGAAUUGGAGACAUAGACGAAAUCUUUAUAGACAAUAUUUAAAAUCAUCUCUCCUUUUAGAAUAAUUAUUGGUAUGAUUUGCUUAUGCUUCUCAGUCCUAAUAUUUAGUUCUUUGGCUAUUACUACUUAUGACAAAAUUACAAAUUCAUCAUGUGGAUUUAAAUGUGGAUAUUUAAUCUAAGAAAAAACAUUCUUGAAUCCAAUCGAUACUUUGUAUGUUUAUUCGUCUUAUUAUUUCCCACUGGAUUAUUUGUUCUUCUUUAUCUUCACACUUUAUAUCUUUAUAUGCACUUUAUAUGGAAUAAUCAAAUGUGGAAUCAUCUUCUUGAAAGGCUUUGAAAUUAAAAAAGAACAAACUUAACCAUCAUCUUUGUUUAUAGUAGCUGCAAUUUUAAAUAUCAGCAUUUUGGUAGUAUGCAAUCAAUUAAUGACUCUAUGUCCCUAAUAUGCGACUUUUGGCAAUCAGCAUUAUUAUGAUAUUCGAACCAGAUAGCAAUCCUUAUGCACACUUGAAGCUGUGAGUAAAGUGGAGGCUAAAUUCAUUUGUCAGAUGACUAAUUUAUCCACGUUUUACAAUAAAAUUUCCUUAGGAUAUCCUAUGUUCGCAGUAAUAUUCUUUUUAGCUAAUGCUUCCUUUUUGGGGUUGUCAUCUUUGAUGAUAUUUAUUUUUAUGUGCAAAAAGAAGGCUAGUUAAAUAGAUGUCAAUGAAGAUGACGAAUUAGAUGAUGAGAGUAAAUCAUUAAUUAAUAUAUGA